AAUGUAUUUCUCUUCGUCUUCGUUUUGAAUUACAGCCGACCAGAGCCAGCGAUUUUCGGUGGAGGCCGCUGCUAGAAUUUCCUGCGCUUCUUCGUUUAACCCGGUGCGCCCUUUAACGCUAGUUAGCCAGUACCCUCCGAAGGGCAAAGUUGUUGUCUUCGGCGUCGUCGUCGUCGUCGUCGCGUUGGUAAUUGAGCGCUAAUCUAAUCAGAGGAAUGUGUGUGCUCGCCGCAACCUAGCAAUCUGACAGAGCAGCCAGCAGUCAACCAACCAGUAGCAGUUUCACAGCGCGGAGACCGGGAUUCUCACCGAAAUUAACGUGAAUCAAGUGACACAUAGUGAGGAGGUAUCAAUAUCAAUAUCAUCAGAAGCAGCAGCAACGAGAGCUCCGCGACUUCGGUCGGUCGGUAUGCGAUAUUUUGGUGAUAGGCGUUCCCGAGUUUGUUAUCAGAAACCAGAAAGACUCGGUACGGUGACGACGUCUGCCGCUCAUCGUCUGCAUACCGCCGUCAUGUGGUGCCACCACUGUCAGUGAAAGAGAAGAAAAAAGUUCAAUUGUUACACUCAUCUGAAGUCUAAUUAUUGGUUGGGGUUGCGUGCGUGUGUACUCUGUUGAAGAAGAAUCAAUAUAUUCCAAUCGAAUAUGAGUGACAAUUUUCCGUCUUCAGGGUGAUCCGAAUAUUUAUACAACAAAUCUGUGUUCCACCGUGUGUUGCAGCCUCGUAUAGGCAUAGUAGGAUAUUAAGUGUAAAGGUGCUCGAAUCAAUCGAUUGUGUGUGCGGGAGUGUUCUAAUUACGUGAUUAAUCCGUAAAAGGGAAGACCGGGUGUGUCACAUCCAAAACAAGAAUCUACGACGAAGUACAAUCAUGAUAAAACAAUGUCACCGGCGAUGAUCUCCAUUGUGCACUGUUUGGCAAUAGGGAUUUUGAUUUUUUGGUGCGGGAAAUGGAUCGUCCACCUGAUGGCCAUCACCUACGGGAAGCUGAAGCUGCACAAAAAGACCACCUCGGCGACGCAGCCUCGUGAAACACCGUAUCCCUCGGUGUCCAUUCUGAAGCCCUUGAUGGGCUUGGAUCCGAAUCUGUCGAGCAAUUUGGAGACGUUUUUCCUAAUGGACUACCCCACGUACGAGUUGCUAUUCUGUGUUGAAUCAUCAGACGAUCCCGCCAUCGAUGUGGUCAACCGACUGCGGGAAAAGUAUCCAAACAUCGAGACAAAUCUCCUGCUGGGGGGGUCCAACGUCGGGGUGAACCCAAAGGUGAACAAUCUCUACCCGGGCUACAAGGUGGCCAAAUACGAGCUGAUUAUGAUUUCGGAUGCCGGUAUCCGAAUGAAGUCGGACACACUCACCGAUAUGGUGAAUCACAUGACCGAUAAGGUCGGUCUCGUUCACCAGAUGCCGUUCGUGUGCGACCGCGAAGGCUUCGCGGCUGCCUUCGAGAAAAUCUACUUCGGGACGGUGCAAUCCCGGAUCUAUCUGUGUGCCGAUCUGCUCGGCAUCAACUGCCACACGGGCAUGUCCUGUCUCAUGCGGAAGUACGUCCUCGACGAGCUCGGGGGAAUCGAAUCGUUCGGAUGCUAUCUGGCGGAGGAUUUCUUCCUGGCCAAAGGCUUCCACGACGCCGGCUGGAAGCUCACCAUCAGUAGCCAACCUGCGUGGCAAAAUUCCGGCAUUUGUGAUAUUAGCAGCUUUCAGGCACGACUCACACGCUGGGCGAAACUGCGUGUCGCCAUGGUCCCCACGACCAUCCUCCUAGAACCGCUGUCCGAGUGCAUCAUCGUCGGAAUGUUUGCCUGCUGGGCGGCCAAAAUCCUAUUCCGGUGGAAUCCACUCGUGUUUUUCCUCAUCCACACCCUGUUCUGGUUCCUGUCGGACUGGAUCCUACUGUCAAUCAUCCAGAAUGGAUCGUUACCAUUCAACAAGUUCACCUUCCUGGUGGGGUGGGCCUUCCGGGAGCUCAGCGGGCCGUACCUGUUCUUCAACGCCCUCUGGAACCCGGCCAUCAGAUGGCGAACGCGGGUCUACAAACUGGCAUGGGGUGGAGUCGCCUACGAACUCACCUCCCAAAUCAAGUCGUAGCUCUUAAGUGUACACCCACGAACACACACACACACUCAUCUAACUAUUAUCAUAUUUUUUUUGUGUCAAUCAAUGUAUAAAGUUUAAUUUAUAAACCACAAGCCCUCUUACGCGAUAAGAAUAUAUUUUCGAGGAACUUUUACCCGACACGUGGGAAGUUUUCGUUUUAGCGUUUAAGCCAAAAGGAUUCCAAAAGCAGCAAACGGUCGAAUCAUGUUUUUUUUUGUUUCUGUCCUAUCGAUUUAUUUCUUUUUUUUUUUGUUACGUUUCAUCUUUUAUGUACAUAUUUAAUUCUUCGCCUUCAGAAAACAAAGUGUUAUUUACGGAUCUA